AGAAUGCACACCUUCCCUUCCUGCCUCUAAGUCUUGGGUCCGCUUGCUCCAACUUGGUUGAAAGAGAGACAUUUUGCCUGAUGAUUGGCCGAGUCAAACCAGACGCGAGCCUUGGCACGUGCACAAUUGCGGGCGAGCCACGCGAUCUUUCCACAGAUCUGGACUUGAUUUCCGUACACGAACGAAAUCCCCGCCACAACACGAAUCGUCAUCCCUUGCGACUAUUCAAAUUCACAUCACACGCCUUGCGCAGUCUGCAGUCUCGCUAUUCGCGUCGCGGGCAGCAAUAUUUAAUUUGACGAGAUCCAGUUCUCUUUGGCUAUCAAGAUGACGUCCGCAGAGGAUCGAGAAAUGAUGGAACGGAUCAGCCGCUUGGCUGGUCAAAUCAAUCGCCACAAGAAUCAGCAGGCAGGCGUUGGUCCUGCCCGGCACGCUCGAACGCACCAUCACGGUGGCUAUUCGAGCGGCUGGCGCUCAGGCGGGUUUCCCCAUCGCGGCGGUCACUCGAGCGCCCGAAUGCCCGUUUACCGCAACAGGACCCUUAUUCUGAACAACGGAACCCAGCAGAGCCGGUCUGGCGAUCCUGACUCGGGCGCGACGUCAGACGCAUCCAGCUCUUCCUGGGUGACCAAGAACGACCGUCACCUGCAGCUGAUCAAUUCAAAUGUCUACAAGAAGGAUGCGCAGGCCCGGGCGGCUGCCAUGGAGCAGACGCGGCGCCAGAAGCUUGCCAAUAGGGAUAAGCAAGAGCGCGCUAAACUGAUCAGCCAUCUCAAUCGCAUGGCAAAUAGCGGAGGAUUUGGGGCAGCUAACCAACAGGCCGUCGGCGACAACAAGUACGAGAUUGCCGUUCAGGGCGUCCGGUUCGUCGUCGCCAAGAACGGCAGCAAGCUCGUCAGAGUUCCUGGUGACGGAAACUCGGCAAAAGCGACCCCGAAAAUGGCAGUGAUCGGAGGCGUCAAGUUCUACCGAAGCAAGAACGGCAAUCUGUAUCGUCACGGCGUAGUCAAGGCGCAGCGGUAUGUUUCCUGGCAUCUCCGGGCCGGGCAACUGACCCCAGCAAUCUCUGGCAGGCAAUCCGGCGCGGUGAAGAAGGUCAACGUGCCUUGCAAACAGUUUUCCAUGACGGGUAACAUCCAACACUUCCUCGACCGACGCCCCGAGCGACACCCUCCCGACCGGGCUUCGGUAAGUGACCCGAGACUCACUAACCGAGACACAGGCUCUUGCACCCUCGGCCCACGAUGCCGCUAUGUCCACGACCCGCACAAGGUUGCCAUUUGCAAGGACUUCCUGCAGCAGGGCGAAUGUCCCAGCGGCGACAACUGCGAUCUCUCGCAUGAACCUACUCCCGAGCGCACCCCGACUUGCCUGCAUUUUGCCCGGGAUAAUUGCACCAAACCUGAUUGCAAGUAUGCUCACGUAAAAGUUUCACCAGCUGCUCCAGUGUGCAGGGACUUUGGCUUUUACGGUUACUGCCAAAAAGGCGCCGGUUGCUCGGAUCGCCACGUCUUCGAGUGUCCCGACUUCAGCAACACGGGUGUCUGUAAGAUCAAGGGCUGUAAGCUGCCGCAUCGGGAGAGGGCAAGCGUCCUGCGGAGGGGCGCCAGCAGCCGGGAUCAGUCCGGCAUGGAAGACGAGGAGAUGGAAGAUCUCUCCAGCGACGACGAUGGCGAGUCGAUCGACGAAGACGACGUCGAUUCGGAUGAGGUGGACGAGUUCAUUAGCCAAGACGAAAACGGGGGUCUUGACUUUGCGGCGCAAAAGGACUACAUCGAGCUAUGAUGUUUUGUCCCGCUGCCCGCUCCUUGACUAUCCUUUCGUUGCGUUGCCUUGCGCCCUCCGUUUCCCUGAUACCCUUUUGCGUUCCGGUGUUCUGGGAGGAUGAUGAUGAAGAAGAAGAAGAAGAAGAAAAAGAGAAGAAAAUAAUAAUAAAAAAAAGAGAAUGAGGAAGAGAAAGAGGAAGGGAGGAGAGAGAAGAAAUGAGAUGGUGACGGGAGGAAAAGCCCAUCCGAGCUCCUUUGAGCUUCAAGCACAACUGUUCAGAAUAGAUGAGGGCUUGUUUCUAGCCUUCUCCAUAGAUGUUACGAAAAAUGUAAUUCAGGAUAAUUGGAUCCUGCACGACACAAGUCUACGGAUUACACUACGCAAUACACUAGUGGGCCCAACC